AUGGACCACUCGGCUCCAACCUACAUGCUUGCCAACCUAACCCACUUGCAUUCUGAGCAGCUCCUGCAAGGCUUGAACCUCCUUCGCCAGCACCACGAGCUCUGUGACAUUAUCCUGCGGGUUGGCGAUGUCAAGAUCCACGCUCACAAGGUGGUGCUGGCCAGCAUCAGCCCCUACUUCAAAGCCAUGUUCACCGGGAACCUCUCAGAGAAGGAGAACUCAGAGGUGGAGUUCCAGUGCAUCGACGAGGCAGCCUUGCAGGCCAUCGUGGAGUAUGCCUACACAGGGACUGUCUUUAUCUCCCAGGACACUGUAGAGUCGCUUCUACCAGCUGCAAACCUUCUCCAGAUCAAGCUGGUGGUGAAGGAAUGUUGUGACUUUCUUGAAAGCCAACUUGAUCCCGGCAACUGCAUCGGGAUUUCUCGUUUUGCCGAGACCUAUGGCUGCCACGACCUCUACCUGGCCGCUAACAAAUACAUCUGUCAGAACUUUGAGGAGGUUUGUCAGACAGAAGAGUUUUUUGAGCUCACCCAUUCUGAGUUGGAUGAAAUUGUCUCCAACGACUGCUUGAACGUGGUGACGGAAGAAACAGUGUUCUACGCGCUGGAGUCUUGGAUCAAAUACGACGUGCAGGAGAGGCAGAAGUACCUGGCCCAGCUGCUGCACUGUGUCCGCCUGCCCCUGCUCAGUGUCAAGUUCCUCACCAGGUUGUAUGAAGCAAACCAUCUCAUUCGUGAUGACCACACUUGCAAACAUCUCCUGAAUGAGGCCCUCAAGUACCACUUCAUGCCUGAGCACAGACUGUCCCACCAGACCAUGCUGAUGACGCGGCCUCGCUGUGCUCCCAAAGUCCUCUGUGCUGUGGGAGGAAAAGCAGGGCUCUUUGCAUGCUUGGAAAGUGUGGAAAUGUACUUUCCUCAGAAUGACUCCUGGAUAGGCCUGGCUCCUCUCAGCAUCCCUCGCUACGAGUUUGGGAUCUGUGUCCUUGACCAGAAGCUGUAUGUGGUGGGAGGGAUUGCAACCCACGUGUGCCAGGGCAUCAGCUACCGAAAGCAUGAGAACUCAGUGGAGUGCUGGGACCCCGACACCAACACUUGGACCUCCCUGGAGAGGAUGGUGGAGAGCCGGAGCACACUGGGAGUAGUGGUUCUGGCAGGAGAGCUCUACGCCUUGGGUGGCUAUGACGGGCAGUCCUAUCUGAGAACUGUGGAGAAAUACAUCCCCAAAGUGAAGGAGUGGCAGGUAGUGGCUCCCAUGAACAAAACCAGAAGUUGCUUUGCUGCAGCUGUCUUGGAUGGGAUGAUCUAUGCCAUCGGUGGCUAUGGUCCUGCCCACAUGAACAGCAUGGAGCGCUAUGACCCCAGCAAGAACUCCUGGGAGGCGGUGGCUUCGAUGGCUGACAAGCGAAUAAACUUCGGUGUUGGUGUCAUGCUGGGCUUCAUCUUCGUCGUAGGUGGACACAAUGGCGUGUCUCACUUGUCCAGCAUCGAGAGAUAUGACCCUCAUCAGAACCAAUGGACUGUGUGUCGACCCAUGAAGGAGCCCAGAACAGGUGUUGGUGCAGCUGUCAUUGACAACUACCUUUAUGUGGUUGGAGGCCAUUCAGGCUCAUCCUACCUGAACACUGUCCAGAAGUACGAUCCCAUCUCAGACACCUGGCUGGACUCUGCUGGGAUGAUGUACUGUCGAUGCAACUUUGGGUUGACUGCACUUUGA